UACAGAAAUUUUAAAUAUUAUGUCAUAUUUUUUGGUAUCAUAUCAAACAAUUGAGAUUAUAUACUCAGUUUAAUUACUUUUUAAUUAAACUUAACGAUCAUAUUUUAUUAAGCUGACAUAAAAAGAAUGGUUACUUAAUUUUUUUCUAUUAUUUGUACUUAUUAGCUCAUGUAUAUAUGUUUUAUUAUAAUUAUAAUGGUGGUCCUUUUGCAUAGUUUAUUUAUAAACCCCUUGCUUUUUCCUUACUGUAAAAUAGAUGAUUGCUUAUAUUUUAAGGGAAAAAAAAAACUUCCAUAGAUUUCUCUCUCUAAAUCUGGAUUUCCAGAUUUCUCAAUACUAGAAGCAAGUGUUUUUGACUAUUCUCAUAUUCAUUCAACAGGUUUUGAGUUGUCCAAAAAAUGAUCAUCCCUAUUUUCUCUCUCCUUUUUCUCUUCUUAACCACCGGAGAGGCUCAACUUGUGCCUGGAUUCUACGCCAGCACUUGCCCGAAAGCCGAAUCUACGGUUCGAGAGGUCCUACAUAAGGCCAUGAUCAAUGAAACCCGAAGCGCGGCUUCAGUCAUGAGGUUGCAGUUUCAUGAUUGUUUUGUUAAUGGAUGCGAUGGGUCGUUGCUAUUAGAUGACACACCAACAAUGCUAGGGGAGAAAUUGGCCCUUUCAAAUAUAAACUCGCUGAGGUCAUUUGAAGUAAUUGAUGAAAUUAAAACAGCUGUGGAAAAUAUCUGUCCCGGAGUUGUUUCUUGUGCUGAUGUCGUUGUCAUGGCUGCUAGAGAUGCCGUUGCUUUGAGUGGAGGGCCAGAUUGGGAGGUGAGAUUAGGAAGAAAGGACAGUUUAACUGCAAGCCAAGAGGACUCAGACGCCAUUAUGCCAAGUCCAAGAGCCAAUGCCAGUGCCUUAAUAGACCUCUUUGCGAAGUUCAACCUCUCAACCGAGGACCUUGUGGCCCUCUCAGGGUCUCACUCCAUUGGCAAAGGUCGAUGCUUCUCAAUCACCUUCCGCCUUUACAAUCAAUCAGGGACCGGAAAACCUGAUCCUGCAAUCGAUCCUCGUUACAGGAUGGAGUUGGAUAAGUUGUGCCCUGUUGGUGGAGAUGAGAAUGUGACUGGUAACUUGGAUGCUACUCCUAUACUCUUUGAUAAUCAGUACUUUAAGGACUUAGUUGCAGGAAAAGGGUUCCUGAAUUCAGAUGAAACACUUUAUACAUUCGAGGAAACAAGGAAAUGGGUGGUGAAAUAUAGUGAAGAUCAGGGUGCAUUUUUUGAUGCCUUUGUGAAGGGUAUGUUAAAGAUGGGUGAUCUACAGUCAGGCCGGCCUGGCGAGGUUCGGACGAAUUGUAGGGUGGUCAAUGGUCCUAAGACUCCUAUGGAGUUGGUCAGUGAUCCUUGGCUGGCAUUUUGAUGUUGUAUAACUAUUGACACCAGAUAUACAGAGUAAACUGUCUAAUAGUAUAGUUUUAAGAGUAAGAAUUCUGAAAGAAUAGAUAUAGGUGUAAGGUGUUCCAUAAUAAAAUGACAUAUUGAGCAUGCUGUUAAUGUGAGCCAGCAAUUGAUCUAUUACAUUUUCUUAAAAGUGACUCAAUUCUAUAAGUAUGUUUUAUUCUAUA